AUGGACAGGUUGCUUGGUUUGAAUGCAUUGCUACCUAAGGCUGUAAAAGGACCCAACUCCCUGUUUUGUAACAAUAACAAGUGUGAGAUGCGACAUGUCCCAGGCGUGCCUCAAUACCUCACUAAGAUUUCUGUUUAUGACAAAAGUGAGCACGCAGUAUUCGUCGUACUUGGUGACGCUAGCAAAGUGUUGGCAGGGAAGCCUGCAUCAGAAUUAGUAGCUACUUAUUUUGAGGCUAAUGAGGAUGCUGGACCUGACCAUUGCGUUCCAGUCCCUCAAGCUCUGCUUGAUGCAAUAGGGAAGACUUUCAAGUUCAUAGUGAAGAUCUCUGAUCAUAAUUUGACAGGCAAGAUUCAGUCCAUAACUGUCACAAAGAUACUACCACCUGAUGAGGCUACUGCUGAAACUGCUGAUGGUAUUUUAAAGACUGGAGAUGAGACUGGUGAGGCUUCCGGAGGCAGUGAAAGUUCUACAGGUGAUAAUGUUAGGAAAGCUUCAGAUGGCCUUGGAUCAUAUGAAACAAAACGUCUGAAGAUUGGCUAA